UUGGAGAACUGGAUCCGUCGCCCGGAAAAAUGUGCUUCCUGUCGGAAAUGUUGAGCGGAAGUCGAAAGGCUUUCGUUGAACGAUGUGUCGCUCUGGAAAGUUGCUGGGAGCAGGCACGCAUUUGUCUUUUGAUGGAGGCGCUUCGGGAUAAAAAUUGCAGCCUCAAUGACGCCCAGUUAUUUUUUUCCAUCACCGAUUACGACAUUUUCAACGACGAAGAAAAAUUGUACAUCGAUCUGAUCGACGAUGGUCCCUCAGUAGAGAGCGCACUGUUGGUUGACAACCAACAGCCGUCGUGUUUCUUGGGUGCGCUGCAAAAAUUGGCCAUCGAACGAUUCCGAGCGGAGUUUGUGCGCUGUUUCGAGCCGUCCAUUACCGACCGGGAUAUCGAACACUUUUUGAUGCCCAACCAGCAGAUUGGCGCUCCAUGUAGCCGGGAAGCUUUAGCGGACAAGCAGCACAUCAUCCAACUUUGCCGAUCAUUUAAUCGAUUGAUCCGCACAAAGAAAGAACAAGGCGACGAAGUGCGCGAGUGGCUCCUUUGGUUUCGUGACGUCGUCAUCCCUUCGCUGAAAUCGUACGAGGCGCAUCAAGGACUCUCCGUCCACCAGAUAAUCAAAUUGUUCGAAGAGGUUGGAGAAUUUUCGCUCGACUUGUGUCGAUCCGCCACGACCGGUUGCCGACCUCACCAGUGGAUCGAUAUGCUCGCCAUUUUCGCCAUUCAGAAUUUACUCGAUCAACUCAACGAAAAGUGCCGUGAAGAUGAAGUUGAUAUUAAGAGUUCCGACAUCGUCCAACAACUUGUACAAUGGUGGCCAUCGUCCGGAGCGCCAGGAUCUUUCUUGCAUACCUUCUACCAGAAGAUUCGGCAGGAAAUGGCGGGUGAUCCGAUUCGACUGAUGAAUCUCGUCCAAGAAGUGACCAACAGGUUGACGACACCCAAGCUUCAAUUUCACGAAGACGUCAUAUUGGCCAGUUUCUCCAAUGCUUCUUUAAACGAUUGGCCGUCAGUGAUGCGCUACGCCCAGCUGGCCGUUGAUUGGACGCCCGACCUUGCCCGUCGCUUGGUGUCUAUACUCGACGUCCAAUUCGGGCAGCAAAGAAGCGACCACUUUCUUCGUUUGGUCGUUCACCGCCACCCGGAACUAAAAGAAAAAUCGGGCGACACUGCUCAUUUAAAAAACAUUCUGCAGAAUUUGUUUCGGUACCCCUGGAUUAAAGAUCGUUGGAUUGCCUUGAUCGAAAAAACUUUGAUGAAAAAGUUAAUGGCGGUGGAAGAUUCAGUUUGGAAUUCGCUGUCCGAUGCGGGUAUCAUCGAAAAAGACAUGAGAAAAUCGAGUAAAGUCGAUUUGAGUGUCGAGGACAUUUUUUCCAUCAUGAGUCGAGAUCCUGAGUCGAGCAAAGUGAUCGGAAAUUGCAGCGAAAUGGUUGAACGCAUCAGACGCAUCCGGAUUAGAGAAUUCGAAACUAAUUUCGACGUCAGAAAAUGGAGUAAUGAAUUAAAGAAGUCGAGCAGCAAAUCAUUGCAGGUGGACGAUUUUCUGGCUGUUGCUUGUCGAGUUGUUCACGAUGAAAAGGGUUACGUGCCGAGGGACGUUCAACUUAUUGCAGUCGCCGCGUUCGUCUCUUCCGAUGAUAACCGCCAAGCCGGACAUAUGAUUCGACGUAUGGGACAAAUUUCAACUGGCGAAGGAAAAACGCUCAUCUCUGCUCUGGUGGCCAUUUAUCAUGCCUUGCGCUACUGGGACGAGGAUCGACACGUUAACAUCAUUACGAGUUCUUCCGUGCUGGCCGAAGCUAACAUCGCCGAAAUCGGAUGGCUCUUCAAGGCGUUUGGAGUGAGCGUGAGCAACAAUUGUGACCAGCAAUGUUCGAACGACGAGGAUAUCAGACGUAACCGGUACAACAACGACGUCAUCUACGGCGACCUGGGCAGUUUCAUGCGUGACAUUCUGCUCACGCGCUUCUUCGAGGACAAGGACGUGACCCGCAACCGCAACCCGGGAGCCAUCAUCGUCGACGAGGUGGACUCGAUGACCCUCGAUAAAGGCGAAAACGUCCUGUACAUGUCGCACAACAUUCCCGAAAUGUACGAUCUCAUGCGGUUGUUUGUCGAAAUCUGGACGAUGGUCAACGCCCCCGACGUCGUUCGUUUGGCCGAAUCGAGUGACAUCGUCGAUGAAGUUCACCAGUUGAUCGAGCCGAUGAUUCCAACUUGCGUUCCCAAUUGUUUGAAGCAAUUUGCCGAACGGCACCUGUCGACGUGGAUCAAGAGCGCGUUCCGGGCUUGUUACCUACUCAAACCCAACGACGCCUACAAGGUGGACGAUUGCGGCGACGGACAAGGCAGACGGAUCGUCAUCAUGGACAAAGAGACGGGAGUGGAGCAAGUGCAAACGGAGUGGUCGGACGGUUUGCAACAAUUUUUGCAGUUGAAACACGGCCUGAAAUGGACGCCCAUCUCGUUGAAGGCCAUUUUCAUGUCCAACAUUGGCUACUUUAGCGAAUUUAAGGGCCGCAUGUACGGACUGACGGGCACACUUGGUUCCGCGGCCGAGUGUGACCUUCUGGGCCAAGUGUUUGGCGUCGAUUUUUUCCGCUUGCCGCGAUUCAGGCCGCGCUUUUGCCUUCAACACGAGCCGAUCAUUGCUCACGAUCGACAAAAUUGGCUCAAUGGAAUGCAAAAGAAAGUCGUCAGCGUUGCUUCGAACCAGCAGCGGGCCGUUCUUGUCGUUUGCGAGAACAUUGAAUUAGCCAACUCGAUUUACGACCGCCUUAAAGCAGACGCUUCAAUUCAAGUCGUCAAAUACGUCAGCUCAUUCGACGAGGCCUUCAAGGAGAAACAACACCAAGAAGUUCUUCCAGGUCAGGUGAUCAUUGCCACAAACUUGGCCGGCCGUGGAACAGAUUUAAAACCCAGUAAAGAGCUCCUCAACAACGGCGGUCUUCACGUGAUUAUCGGGUUUCUACCGCCCAACUCCCGCGUCGAAGCUCAAGCCGAAGGACGAACGGCCCGCUCUGGCCAACCUGGAAGUUACCAAUUUGUCAUCGAAAAUACGGAUGAGGAAAAUCGAAAAUCCCACCUAAGUGGCGAUCCUUACGGCCGGAUGCUUCAGUUGAAAUCAAAGCGCGACGAAGACGAACGGCUCCGAUUGGACAACAUCCGACGAGAAGCUCUGCCAAAGAUCCAACUGGAAGAGAAACUUUUCCACGAAUACUACGAGAAAUGCGUCCGCCCCUUGAACCAAAGAUCUCUCGAAUCAUUUCAGUCAUUUAGCACAGCUUCUAACUUGGAGCAUUUACAACAAAAUUUCAAAACGAUUAUGAGAAAUUGUUUCAACAAUCGCUGGGCGCUUUGGCUCGACGAAAAUGCCGUCUCCAUCGAGAAAGCCCAUCGCGAUCCGGUACUCGCCGACAGACUGAGCGAUAGUUUCGAUCGUCUGACAAUGUCCAUCCAAUCAUCGGACGUCGAGUCUAUCAUGUCCAGUCCGAGCGAAUGGACUAUGCUCGCCCGUUGCUACGAGGAAUCGUCGCGCCCGAGCCGUGCGGCAAAAUGUUACAAUAAAGUGGCGACUAUAGAACCGAAGUGGUGCGAAAACGCCCUGCUCGAUCGCGCCCGCCUCGCUCUGGCCGACAACGCCGGGUACGAAAAGAAAAGGGAGGCAAAAGGCUACUUGAAACGGGUCCGGAAACUGAUCGACGAUCGAAUCGAAGUGCUCACCAGUCUCAACCAACGAGUCGAUCAAUGUUUGAACAGACAAAUGGAAAACGGAUCGUCCCUCUGUCACAAGCGGUUCGAAGAACAAGUGACGAAUCAAAUCCGUUUGUGGCGAAUUCACGCGUCCAAAAUCGACAACCUGGUCGGCGUGUCGUUGAAAUCUGCCCUGGCUUCCAUCCUACCCACCGAAAACGACCAACACAUCGAUCAAGUCAUCGAGUUGCUCGGGAAGUGUUAUUUCAUUAAGCCACGCCGCUACAGGAAAGCGGCUGAAAAUUCGUUCGAUUGGCCUCCGUUCGUCACCCACUGCCGCGAGCCUCUCUUAGAUCUUGUGAAAAAUAAAAAUUGCAAACUGUCGGAUAUCGAGGACGCCAUCUACAAAGUGGAAACAAGGCUUUGGAGCAGUUUAAUUUCCGUUUACAUCGAUGAGGGCCAACUAGCUGGUGGUGGGAAAAUGAUCAAAGGCGAUCAGCACAUCGGCGAAAUACCCGACACCAUCGUAUCAAAAGCUUACCGGCGUAUUUUACCCGGUUGGUUGAAAUUUCACGACGGCCAAGAUUUUUCGCUCGUUUCCUCCACACUCGGUAUCGAAGAUAGUGGCCAAUUGAAGAAGCUGGAAAAGUGGCUGGACGGCGAGAAAUUAUUGCAAGUGACGGACAAAUGCUUUCGUCACCGCAUCCUGAAACCGAUUCCCUCGAUGGAUCGAGAUCCUGACGCUCAACUGGUGAAAGGUGUAGCCCUCUCGUCUUGCGCCGAUGUUGUAGCCACUUGGUUCUCUUCGCCCAUCGUCGAACGGAAUGGAAAUCAGUACGUUCUUCGGCCACUUUUCGAUGAACGUAAAAAGAAAUUGGCCAAACAAUUCCUCGAUUUCCUGGUCGACGUAGAAGUUCUCAAAGAUCCGGCCAUUAAAUUUCCGUCUGCAAACAGAGAGCGAUCUCGAGAAGAUAUUCAAAAAGAUUUUGAUGAGAUCAAGAAUAGGAUUAAUUCCCUCAACGGAUUCGACAAGCUUGCCAAGCUCUUUUACAGCAAAGAAGAAACAGAAAAGGCGAGAGAAGAAGAAAAGCCAAAAAGCACUUUAGAACAAAACAUUAAACAGCUGAUCCCACCGAUCGUUCCGGCCUUUGGUAGUUUGGCUGUUGCUAGCCAUUUUGCUGAGAUUAUCAACAAAGUUCAAGAGGCUGCCGCUAUGACAGAGAGAAGGAAUAAUCUGUCCGCAGCGCUUAUGCAAGCCGUUGGCAUUCAUCUCGGCCAGUUGAAAACAUUGGCGAACGUCAAGUCCUCGUUCUGUUCGUUGCAAGACGCUCUUCCGCCAGCCGGCGACGAUCAAGCGAGUCCAUUCGACGAGGUUCAACAGUUCAACAACCAGCAUUUGGAUCGCGUUCUCAAAGUUGACGAGUACGUGUCACGAUGGGAUUGGCGGAUCGGCGUCGUUGCCCUGAUUGGAGUCGCUCAACUGGUCGGCGCUAUCGCUUUCCCAUUCUUCAGUGCGGGACUCGUCGGCGAGGGCAUCAACGAUUUAAUGUUCGCCUUCCAGACCCUACAAUCACCAGGAUCCUUCACUUGGAAAUCCUACCUUGUAGACAAGGCCAAAAGUUUGGCGCUCACUGCCGUCACUAUGGGUCUGGGAGCCGCCCGGCUUGUCAAGGCGUGCGGCGGCAGUUUCAAGCAAGCGGGCAAACUGAUGUGUCGAUUCAAUGGAACACUAAAAGGAUGGUUUGAGGCCGGCAAGCAGAUCUUGAUCCAGUGCGCCAACAUGAUAUUGUCGUCCAUCAUCGGCCAGGCUGUUAGCCACUUCCUCACGUGGCUCAACAUAUUCAUCAGGGAACAGGUGCUUGAGCGCAUCAAAUCUUUCUUGUUCAGCAACUCCUUUUUGCGAGAGGCUUUCACUCGGCUCAAGGAUCUCAUGAAAUCCCUGAUGAUUGCCAUUGUCAAAAGCGGCAAGAGCGCAGACGAAGCGAGCCAAAAGAUCAAGGAAGUGCUGGAUGGAGCCACAAAUCAAUUGAAAGCCGGCGAUUGGUUUACUGAGCUUCGCACGAACGCUUCGUCAAUCACCAGUCGCAUGAUGAGAAUCUUCAACGACUCAUCAGCUGGCUUGUCCGGUUUGCAGGGCAACUACGCCGGCGAGUACCGGUCACACGCGUCCACCGGAAACACCCAAGGCAUCACUGCCGCUGUUAACGCCGGUACAAUUGAAAAGGCCAUUCAGAUGGGCAAGACUAUCGUUGAUUAUGGCCAAAAAACUACUGAAGUGAUUCAAAAGGUCAACAAUUUAGUGACUAAUUGCGAGUCGGUCAUGAAAUUAUCAACACACGGAUCGACGUACGUCGGCGAUCUGAAUGCCGCUCUACAGGACGAACUGAGAGCGAUGAAAACGAAAAAUCAGCAGGAGCAAUCAGCUGUUGGCGAAAGUGCUGGUGGCGGGUUAUCAGCAAAAGAGGCAGAACGAUUUGAAAAAUUUAUUGCUGAAACCGAGGGCGAAAUUCAAUCAUCGAUAAUGAAGGAAACUCUCGAUACGAUCCAAUCGACGUGGCUCCAGCCCAUGAUCCAACUCCAAGUCGAGAAGAGGGUAAGAAAUAUCAGCUCAAAAUUCGUCAAAAAAUACUGCCCCUCUCUCUUACCGGAAGGAGCUGACGACCUCAAAGACAAGAAUGAUUCUAAGAACGGCGCUGACGAUGGCAAAAUACCAACUGAGGAUCAAUGGAUCGAUGAAAUGGGCAAUGGAAAACCGGUCGGGCCCAUCGAAAUGCAAAACGCGGUAGACGCUUGCGGCUUCGUGCUUGAAAUAGAAGAUAAUACUGGCCAGUACACGCAAGGGACCGAAGGGGACAAGUUCCAUUACUGUCCGGAAGGAAAUCCUUAUUCGGAUAAACCCGUAGUCAAAAUGAGUUUCACGCAGAAUGACGACGGAACCAAGCACGUCUGCCUCAUCAUGCCCGAUGGAACGAAACACGAAUAUGUGCCCGAUCCUUCGGAACCACCUAACCGCUGCUUCUUCAACGCCCUUUCAAAGGCUCAAAAUGAUCCUUCGGUGGAUCACACAAUUGAAAAGUUAAAGAAUCACGCCAAAGGAAACGAUCGAGCUCGAUUCAUGAGCAAAUUGGGUGUCAACCAGAGCUACCAACACUUGCAGGCAGGUGCAUGUAGUAAAACCAGAAAUGGAAAGACCAUUUAUGAAAAAGACAAAUUGGGAAGGACCGUUCGAAUAAUUACAACGGAAACGGAGAGAAAACAGGAGCGCAAUUCCAAAAACAUGAAGGAGAUCAAGGAAAAACUAGGUUUUCAACCGGGAGACGUGUACAGUCACGAUGUCUCGCUCAACUCUGGAGGUGUCGACGAAGUUAACAAUAUUUCUAGAAUGACACACGAGUGCAAUCGCUAUCUCUACCGAGAACAUGAGGAAAACUUUGAAGAUUUUCGCGACUACAAUAAACAAAAUGGGUCACCAGAAGUGAUCACCAGGGUCAUCACAAAACAUUACGAACAUUCAGUCGGCGAAAUACUGCGCAUGGAGAAGGAAGGAAAAUAUGCCGACCGUUACAAAACCAAGGGUUACCAGCACAAUUUUUAUACUGGAUCACUGGAGCAACCAACUAACCAGUACUUGAGUGGCUUCAUUCCCAAUUGUAAUGGACAACAAGCAAGCAUCUUUUUAAUGCGAAAUAAUGAUUUGAGAAGAAUGAAGAGGACCGAUGCGCGCAGAAGAGCAACCAAUGUUCCGUUCGUCAGCGGACGUAAAUUCGAAACAUUUUUUCUUGAUCGCAAUUAAUAAGGCCCAUAUGGAAAAUUAACACGAUGACAUCUUGACAGUAACCAGUGCAGCUUAUGAUUUUAAUUAAUCAAUCCUUGUAAUUUUUUUGUUUUUUUGUUAGCCAUUUACUAAUUAAACUGAUGCCCAUACUAUGUCAACCACGCGAAUCCUUUUCUUCUGUGCAGCACAUUAUUUACAGACUAUCGGUAGAGUCGCCAAGCUCUUCUCAACAAAGACUUAUUCGAUCCAUCGCUGGGUGAAUUUAUUAAGUGUGGAUGUAUAUAUCCUUAUAGCCUUCUGGUCUGACCCGUUCAACUAAUCAGUUUUGUUCCCCGGUUGCGUUAAUCAUCAUUAGAAAAUUUUAUGGUGAAAAUGAUUUUCUUUACCUUCGUCCAUGAUUUGGAAUCGUUUAAGAUUGUUUUUCUUUUUCACAAAAUGACGAAAAUGUUGAUCCUUCAGGUUCUACAGGGCACCCGGCACCACUGUCAUUCAGAAACCGGCUUCGGGUAAUUUGAAAGAAAGGCAGGAAAUAUUACAGUGAAUCCUACAGACCUAAUCCUACUCUUCAUCUCAGGGUGACAUAAAAGUGAUAUUCGUACCACAAAUAAAGACAACGACGACGUGAUUUUACUUCA